AUUUCGAACAGUCAAAUAAAAUAUACGUACAGUAAAGAGACGUAGAAUAUCACGAAAAAAAGAUUAAAUUUAGUGUUUGUUUAGAAUAAAUCGAGUGAGAAUUACUCAAAUCGCAACAUUUUUGGCAGAUAAGUGGAAUUAGUUAUCUCAUGAAACGAGUUCUGCGCAGCGCUGCAUCAGUAAGUGAUGCUAAAAAUGGAUUACAAUCGCCGAAACAAACGUUAGCAAAUUCCAGACCACUACGACGGCUCAAAGAUGCAACUCGGAAAGGAAACAAAGAAAAUGCGACAACAACAGGGAAGAAGAACUUCCCAAAAAAUGUCGCUCAACCACUACAGGAAAAGAAUUCCGUUCCUCUGCAACCAAAAAAUGACAAAACUACACUGUCAAGCUCAUCAGCCCGAACAUCCAAACCGGAGAAGCCGUCACCGACUGGUGACACCGUUCCAACCAAUGCCGCUUCCAAACCAAGAAAUCGUAGGAAACAAUUGGUAGACGAUGAGAAGCGUACUGGAGAGGAAAUCGUCACAGAAACAAAUGCAAAAGGCAUCAUAGAUCAACCAUCGGUGACAUUGGCACCGGACAAAUCAAUUGAAUCGGUGACGAUUCGGAAAGUGAAGCAAUCAAAGAAUCAGCAAUUGCACAGCUCAGAAAAGGAUGCAGAUCGUCAAGGUGAUCGGGAAAAAUCAUCAGCACAAGACACGCUUGCUGUUGAUAAUCCAACAAAGAAAACUCGUAAAAACACCGACGAACAAAAAGUGGUCGAGAAGAACACCACAAUUAAGCCGGCAGUUCCAUUCACAACCAAAACGAGAUCUGCUACAAAACAUUCUGGUGAAUCCAAUGUCAGUUCUUUACGUGGUACACGUUCUCGUAAACCGAAAACACCAACAACAAAAACACCAACAACAAAGAAGCCAACAGUUACGACUAGGUCAGACGAGAAAAAGAUCAAAGCCAACACUCCACAUGCCAGUAAUGUGAAAGUAGGACACAAUCAGAAGAAAAAGUCUGCCAAGCCAGUAGUGCCCAAACCGAAAACAAAUGCAGGAUCAACUGCACAACCAGACGUCGAAUCUACUCAGUUUGUUACAGUCCGACGGAAUCGUAAAGAACAGGCGAAACCGGCAAGAGAAAACGAUGGCAAACCGCCACCGAAGGUGGCUGUAAUCUCAAAUGUCACAACGAGACGACGACGUGCCAACAGUCAAACUGUUGCCGAGGAUAAUGCAAAAGACGCAACCAUUUCUAAAAGGAAACGGUCACAGUCCGUUUACGAAAUUGUUCCAAACGAAAAGAAGAAAAUGGAGCCAAAGUCAAAUGUCGAUGCCAUAGUGUCUCCACCGAAAAAGCGGAGAAUUACCACAAAAGAGGAUCCGAAAACGGUCGGUGCAGUAACCAAACAGCAACAGCCGGAACUGUUGGUUAAUCGAAGCAGUGCAAGUGAUUCGUCGGAUCAAUCAAAUGCAUCGGCCGUGCCCAUAUACAAGCGCAUCAAUAGCACCAACAACAAUACCGUGAACAGUGGUUUUGAUUUCGAGUCGAACUCUCAAGAAAAUACGUUGAACGGUGACGAAGAGACGCAAAAGGUUCUAGCAAAAUUGGUUGCCGAUAACAAGGCUGCCAUUGCGAAACGAAAGGGAAAUCGAAAGAACGGAGGAGUGACGAAGGUGAAGGGUAAUACUACCCGAUCAAAACACAUUGAGAAAGUGCGUUCCGUCUUGAUGAAUGGAUUAAAGGAACUAAAAACACGUACUACGAAUGAGUCUGCGUCUAAUGUUACAAAAAGGCGAGUAAUUCCUGAACCACCGAUUAAGUCGUUGCGAAAGGAAAAAAUCUACACAAACCCAGUAAUUGUACUUGACCUGGAGGACAAAGGAAGCGUCAGCGCAGAAGAUUCCUCAAGCUAUUGUCAGAAAAACGAUAAAGUUCUACCGAACGAACAGCAAUCAAUUCUGGAGGAUGAUAUGGUGGACGAUCUAGUGGAUGAUAUACAAUUUGAUGUUGAAGUCAAUGCGAGCAUUCAUAAGCUAUCGAAUCUACUAAAAUCGAAUACUACACCAACCGAGACACCACCAAAACGUUUCGCGGCUACGUACACAGGCCCGGGAAAGGAAAGUACACUCCAUCAGUCGACACCCGUACAAAUUGUAAAUGCUGGUAAUGCGUCUCCUUGGCGACUCAAUUCAGACGGUGUAAAAUACCCAAGCAAUGUCUUUUCGCGAUACAGUGAAUGUGAAAAAUCACCGAUCAAAAGUGGAGAUGUCACAAAAGUUGCAGCAGCAGUGAGGUCACCAGCUAAAAAGCCGCGUCCACCACUGACAAAGAAACCACUUACACAUAAGUUGUCCGAGACUGAAAAACCGAAAACGCUUGAAAGCGACAUACGAAAUGCUUUCGGAUUCGCCAGCGACGAUGACGGCGAUGAUGAAUGUUACCCGCACAGGCCGAGUCUACCAGCCCUUAACAUUUCUGCCAUUGCACCGCACGUAAAUGCUUCUCGAAAGAAACCAGCAACGCUGGCAACUUCGACAAUGAAGUCGACAAAGGAUUCCACGGAGACGGCAACCGCUUCAUCGAAUUACUUCAAAAUGCCGUCAAAUGCCUUCAAAAUGUUCGGUAGUAUCCGAGCAGCGGUACAAUUGCUGAAAAAUACCCAAACAUCCGUGCCAAAGCCAAAAAGUCAGAGCAAAAUUUCGACUCAUUUCGGUGAUGCAUCCAAGCCGUCUGCUUCGAGAGGAGCCAAAAUGAACGUGAACACAUUGACCACAAACAAAAACGAUGCGACGAGAUUGAUAGAGUCUAGUGAGACUGAAGUAACAACAUCAUACUUUGACAAGGACGCUCCCAGUUUAUUUGAGACAACCUGGUUGACAGCUGACGAUCAGAAACCGCAUCGUAGCUAUUCAAGGGUUACAAAACGCGAACCCAAGCGUCAGAAAGAGUACAAAAGCAUUCUUACAGACGAUGAAAGUGAUUGUGGAGACUCCGUUGUACAAAAGCGAACAAAGAGAACCAAACCGAAGGAUGAUAAGCAUCAGGAGGAGCUCCGACAAUUUGAAGAGAUUAUGAAUUCGGAUUUCAUGGAUAUAGACAGAUUUGAGAUAAUUACGGAGAGAAGUGUAUCCAGCUCGAAUAUAUAAAAUGAGUGACGGAAUUGAUCGUUGCUGAUAAUAAUGUGAUAUCUAUCCGAAUUAAUCUACAUUUGUUCGAAAUGUUUAAUAUUUUAACCAAUUGCCAUGUGGUAUGAAUUUAUUGAAUUUUUUUAAUCAUUUAUCUGUGCGCUGUCUCAAGCAAUUUUUCUUUUCUUUUUUAAAUUUAUGAGUCCAGUUUUAUUGAUGUUUGUUGAUGUUGAAUUCGGUCUUGUCUCGUAGUUUUAAACUUUGAAUUUUUGAAAUAAUAAAGAAAAUGUUUGAGAGUU